AUGAGUUUUACACCACCUCCUCCACCUGUCUUUGCUGGAGAAAAUUACAACAUCUGGGCAGUGAAAAUGAGAACAUACCUGCAGGCACACGACCUGUGGAAUGUUGUUCUCAAUGACACUGAGCCACCACCACUAAGAGCCAACCCGACCAUAGCCCAGAUUAGGCAGCACAAUGAAGACUGUGCCAAGAAGUAUAAGGCUAUGUCGUGCCUUCAAAGUGGAGUCUCUGAUGUUAUCUUCACAAGAAUAAUGGCUUGUGAUACUCCAAAGCUGGCCUGGGACAAACUCAAGGAGGAGUUUCAGGGGUCUGACAAGACCAGCAACAAAGAAUCGAUCAACAUGAGAAGAGAUUUUGAAAAUCUUAAAAUGAAGGACUCGAAACCAUCAAGCAAGAUAUCUUGUGUAAUCAUGGCUACUGUCAACAAUAUAAGGCUGCUUGGGGAGGAAUUCAGUGACCAAAGAGUGGUUGAGAAGGUCAUACCAACCUUACCAGAGAAGUAUGAAGCAAAAAUUUCUUCUUUGGAAGACUCAAGGGACUUGUCAACAAUCCCUUUGACAGAGCUUAUAAAUGCUCUUUAUGCUCAAGAGCAGAGAAGGGCAAAUAGGCAGGAGGACCACCAUGAAGGAGCUUUUCAGCUAGAGGCAGAGAAAGCUCAAGUGCAAACUUAA